AUGGCAAGUUGUGAGGAUGCUCAGCACCGAAAACCUCGUCUGAAUCGUAAGACCUUGUUCGUGCUAGGCGCCAUGAAUUUGAUUGAUUGCAUCAACGUGAACCUUUUGACGCCAUAUGUGGACAAGAUGGUUUCGACUUAUCUGAACCAGAGUCCCCAGAGCCCAGCAGUGGCACAUACUGUUGGGAUGCUUAUUGGGCUCUACUCCCUCUGCGAGGUCAUCUUCUCCCCAUUGUGGGGCACCUUUGCAGAUAAGGUCGGCCGCAAGCCGGCAUUGUUGAUUGGCCUCGGUGGAUCCUGCAUUGCCCCAGUGAUGUUUGGUUUGGGGACUUCACUGCCAACCAUCUUUGCAGCCAGGGCGUUGGAUGGCUUCUUCUGUGGAAACAUGGGAGUCACUCGAACCUACCUUGGUGAGAUCGUUGACGAGAGCAAUGAGGCGAAGGGUUUCAGCUUCUUGGCACUGUGCUUCUCGGUGGGGCUUUUUGUGGGGCCCAUCCUGGGAGGUGAGCUGGUGUUCCCAGCAGAGCGUGCCCCGCACAUUUUUGGUGGGACAAUCUUCGAGACGUAUCCCUUCCUGUUGCCCAACCUGACUUAUGCCAUUUUCGCGGCCAUCGCGUGGGUCAUUGGCUGCAUCUUUUUGGAGGAGACGCUUCCCGCCAGCCAGCGCUGCAGCUGUUUGCGGCGCCGGGCACCGUCGGCCGAAACGGUGGAGCUGCCGCCGGCGGUGGGUUUGGUGCGCAGCACCAGUGGCACCGAUCCCUCAGGUGCUCCUACACGCUUCGUGCCGGACGAAGGGGAAUCUUCAGUCACUGCGCCCAAAGGAAAGCGCUACCCCAUGGAACUGAUCCAGACCAUCGUGUCGUACUGCGGGCUUUCAGGGACAACGGCUGCGCAGAAUCAGUUGUUGAUUCUCCUCGUGUCUUAUGAAAAAUCAGCAGGAGGCUUUGAGUUUGGCCCCCGUGAUAUUGGCUUUCUGCAGAACAUAGGUGCUGUGGGCCUUUUGAGUUCGCAGCUUUUCCUGUACCCGAAGCUGACCAAGAAGUUUGGUUUUCUGAAUGUCUUUCUCUUGGGUUUUUGCAUGGCUCAUCUCUCCUAUGGACUCUUUCCCGUCUAUGGUCUCUUCUACGAUAAGGACAAGUACGGCAUGUGGAGGUUCGUGCCAUUGGGCUGCAUGCAGUUUAUGUAUACGGCUUCCACGGGAAUGAUGUUCCCCACAGCCUUUGCCUUCAUCAACCGUGCUGCUGAGGGCUUGAACCGAGGAGCAGUGAACGGCUGGGCCAAUUCUUCGGGUGCCUUGUGCCGCGCCGCCUUUCCGCCGGCGUCAGCUGUGCUAUUGAGCAUCAGUACCAGUUGGGGACCUCUGGGUCGAUACCUUCCCCUGUACAUCGUGACAGUGAUUGCAGCCAUUUGCCUUGCUUGCUCCCUCCCAGGGCUGCGCGUGAUCAAUGCUCGCAGCGCGAUCAAUGCACGCGCGCGCAGCCCGGCGGCUGUGGCGCCGGCGCCGCCGGUGGCGCUGGUGCCAACGUCACUGGAGGAGGACUGUCGGAACGCGAGGAGAGAACCCCUCAUGGAAGCAUGAGGCAGUUUUUCCGGGCUCAAUGCGGCCUGAGGGCAUGAUGGGUGAAAAACAAAGGCGACUCAGUUUCAAGCAGCAAAAGGCCUGCAAUUGAUGAAGUCGAUGGGAACUCUAAGUGAUGUGGCGUGUCACACAGUGAGGGGCACACAAUUGGGUU